AGGAUUAUACGAAGCUAAAUUUCCAGAAGGAGAGAUAGCGUUUGUUCCCUUCGCCCUUUACAAUAUUCCGCCAAUGUUAAUAUCAAAUAUAGUGGCAUAUUUAGUAUUGCAAUUUAUGUAUAUGGGAAUGUGGAGACCGAAAAGUGAAGAAGGACAAAUGGUCAAAUUAGGAAAGGAAAAUGAACAUGUAACAAAGAAUAUAAUUAAACAGAAGAUUGAAGCACUUGGAAAAAUGUCUUUCCACGAAAUCAUGACGACAAUUUUGUUCAUUUUUGCCAUUAUAUUAUUCGUUUUCAGAUAUUUUGAUUUUAUGCCCGGUUGGUCGAUGAUGUUUCCAAAACCAAAAUUUAUAAAGGAUGCAACUAGUGGUUUGAUAGCAUGUAUCCUGUAUUUCGUUAUACCGGCUAAGCCCGAAUUUCACCAUGUUUUUGAUGACGACGAAAAAACUCGCCCUAUUAAAUCAUCUCCUGGUAUACUGACAUGGAAAGUGGUCGAAGAUAAGAUGCCAUGGGGUACAGUUCUCCUAUUGGGGAGUGGAUUCGGUCUCGCAGAAGGCAUGAGAUGUUCUAGAUUAUCUAUAUUAUUAGGGAAAAUGUUGAAAAAUGUUGUUGCGGGUUUACCCAACAUGGUCGUCCUAUUUAUUGUAAUGACAAUGGCUUCAUUUAUCACUGAAUUGACAUCUAAUGUAGCAGUGGCCAAUAUCAUUUUACCAAUAAUAGCUGAACUGUCGAUUAAUUUAAAUGUUCACCCGGUAAUGUUAAUGUUACCGGUAUGUAUAAUGUGCUCGCAUUCGUUCAUGCUGCCCGUGGGAACGCCGCCAAAUGCCCUUGUAGCACCUGCUUGUAAUAUGCCAACUUGGAGUAUGAUAAAGGCUGGAUUUUUCGUUAAAAUGUUCAGUUUAGUGAUAUGGUGGGGGUUUUGGCCAAUAGUGGGAACGUAUGUUUUCGAUGCCGCUUCACCACCUCCAUGGUUAGCUGAUGUGGGACAAGGAAAUAUCACGGAAGUUUCUUGCAUUAAAUAAUAAUUAUGUUUAUUCAAAAUAGCAAUUUUCUUUGUUAAUAUUUAUACAUUAUUUUAUCUUAUUUUUAUAGUUACUUUUUAAAAUGUAUCAAUUUAUACUUAUUUCUUUUUAAGCCCAUUAGAAAAGUUUUGAUUGAUGA